AAAUGGAAGAACUAUCGCUGGCUGGAUUGGGCGAUAGACCGAAAUCUGAUAAACCCUGUGGACUACUUUGUGCCGAUCCGUUACCUGAAAAUGGUUAGUCCUCUAGGAUCGCAGAAGGAAAGUGUCAAAAGUGGAAUUUUGGAGACCCCACACGAGGAAGAACAUCAAAAGCAUCAUAAGACAUCCAAACCAGAGACGGUGAAGAGUAAAAAAGGAAGUCUGCUGAAAUCAAUCGAGUCCACAAAAGAAGAAGUCAACGUCUCUCUCGAUACAGGCUUCUGGGGAGACUUUAAUAAAAUGAGUGCCUACGUAAAAGCAGUCCAGCUGUUUUACAAACCGUGGCACUUCGCAUACUCUUCUAAAAUUUCUGACACUUUUGAUUCGCAAGGUGAGAGUAAAGCUAAAUCUACAACUGGAAAGGACUCGAAGAAGAAGGAUGCGAAGGCAAGCACUCCGGAACAUUUGUUUAGAGAUCGCUACAGAUGCUCAUCGAAGUUGCGGAAGAGCAAAAAUGAACCUUUGUACUUGUUGGUGGAUUCUGUGCAGUUAAAGUUCUUUCUCGUUGAGUUCUCAACGUCUAAAGUGCGGAAGUGUGAAGAUUCUGACUCCGUCUUGCUGGAGACCUCAGAAUCUUCAAGUUACGCAGUGAUCGAAGCACACAAUUUCUGUUCGAGACCAGUGGGGGAUGAACCGGUGGCAGAAUUAAAAACCAAGGGAACCAAAUCAAUUGUCUUUGAGCUUGAACCUGGGCGACAUUUAUUCUCCAUAUUUGUGCACUCCGAAACAGCUUUCUUCAUGAAGAUCCUCUCCGAUACAGUGUUCUACAUUGGAAAUCGUCAAACAAUGUAUGAGAUUAUGUCAAUGGAAUCUUGUCUCGUAGAUGAUUACGUUAAAAGGGUAAGCGAUGGACUGAACGAUGCUUUACAAGCAUUCGGCACUCCAGAUUACCGUACAAAAUUAAAGAGAUAUUAUCAGAGUUACAUCCCAGCCGAUAAAGAGUCAUCGAAUCGUUUGAAUAGACGAAGGCCCAGCAAGAAAAGAAAAACUCGAAAGAUCCACAGCCUCUUUUCCGAAGGAUUAUCCUGGGCUGUGACGUCUUCCUUCCCUGAGAUUUCUGGAGAUAUCCUUCGGGCACUGAGGAUUUUCUUCAUUAAUCCUGACAUUGGAAUAAAUGAUCAUCGCUCCAGUACUUCGCUAGAUAACAUUAAUUACUCGUAUUAUGAACUAAGAAGCAGAAGACUGGGUCGGUCCAGAUCCGAAGAAAUGACAGGCGAGGACUACGAACCUAUCGACUACGAUCGAGCAGCACUUCUGAUUCAAUCCUUCUUUCGAAGAGUACUGAUCAAACGAUACAUGCAACAACACGAUCCCAAUCACCCAAAGCAUCGUAGCAUCCUGGAGCAACUGUUUAAAUUGGCCGAACUGUUUAAUUACAACAAAAGGGAGUCCAUAGCCAACGUAUUGUUUCGCAACUUGAUGAAAAGGGAUCCCUCGUUGUGUGGUUUUUAUCCCUGUGCUAAAGAGUUUCAACAUGUUCUUCAAGUUCAAAAGUGUAGUGGUAUUUUGAACAACGUUUCACCAGGUCGGUGGAUUCCCAUAGUCCGACUAUCGAUAAAUGUUCCGGCUAACACAACCACACAAAUGUUCGCAGACUUGUUCAUCUCAUUACCAAGAUAUACUAUCAGGGUUUUUAAUAAUGACACUGCUCGUGAGAUUUUUCGCAUCGCUAAUGAUGUUGCUCCGACGAAUUUUCGACAUUCUAGGUUAGGGUACACUGUAUUUUGUUAUGGCUGGAGCGAAGCCAACAGAUACAAAGAACUGAACUGGGAACUUAACCUAGUAAGCGUGAAAGGAGAUGUCAUGUUUUACCAAUUGGAAAAUAUGGAAAAGAUUUCUCCACUCUCCAAUAUUUCUCGCCUGGUUUGCAAAGAGUUUUUCAACAAUUAUAUACCAAACAUUUGGAAGCUGAUCGGGAGAUGGAGUCUUGAAGUUACGUCGACUACUAUUGCUUCGUUCAGAUUUAGAGUGUCUUUUGAUCGAGUGAAAAUUAAAUUAAAAAUUCUUAAAGAUGAUAAGGUCUUGAAGGAACUGGUCGGAGGGCAUACAAUCAUUUUGCCACUUGUUCGGUUAGUGAAAAAUGAAGAUCAGUCCGUUGCUGAUGCGAGGAAAGAGUGGAAGGGCAAGAAUCAAGAUAACGAUGAAGCUUACGAGAGGAGUGAAAAGGAAACGAAGGAUUAUUAUCUCGAGGCUUAUGUUUUGGAUGACUCUUGGCCACUUUUGGAGUCCGAUUGGGUUGUAGUCGAUGCAGCGAAGAAAAGAGGUCCCAACGCUGGCAUUAAAAUGAGUAAACCUUCUUCGAUGAGUUUGAGUAGACCGUUAACUGCGGAACUGGCCAAAUCGAAACAUGGUACGAAAAAGUCAUUGGAUAUCAAUUACUUAAUGGAAUCUCCAUAUUGGGUACUCCAGGUGAUCAGCGAUGCUGGAAGUGACAUCGGGGUAGUACAAGAUACAAGACGAGAGGAAGAAAUAGCUGAGAUGAAAUCGGUUUGGGUGGCCGAUAAGCCUGAUCGUCUGCAACAAGGUUGUCGGUUGAGGGAAGAAUUUUUAAAUAAAAAUCGAAUUGUAUUGGAGCCAUCGGAGGUAGUGUCGAAGAAAAAAAUAUCGACAAUCGUCAGCCAACAUAAAGACGUCAACAGCAGCAAUACUGCGAGGCUUUUAUCACAACUGUCCGAUGAUAACCAGCGAACUUUAGUGCCUCCAGAAAACAUGAAGAAUCUACUUCCAAAAUUAGACUUGACUAUCUACAUGGUAAAGGAAGACGAAGAGGAGGAUCGCUGGUAUAAAACGGAAUACGACGAAGAAAUGCUUCGGAGCCAUCGAGCUGUCAACAUGUUCGACUUUGAACAAUAUUAUUUAGGAUUUCUAGAGGAAUCUAAUGACAUUUUGAAUAGUCAGAGACAGAAAUACUCUCGUCUUCUGAAUAAUUACAGUGAAUCAGUGUCUCGUAGGAAGUCGUUAUUAAAUACAGCUUAUGAAACGAGGACAGUGUUCAUCGACAGUGCGGAGCCUUUUCCAAGUGAAGUUGAAGAUAAACAGAAGAGAAAGAAGAAAAAGUGAUGAAAAGUAGAAAUAAA